CGCGGCUCGCAGAGGCUGCAGCCAUUGCACAGCCGAGCAUCCCACAUUCAACAGGAGGAACCCGCGGGAGAGGAGCCCGAGCCCCCUGCGCCCAAGCAGCCGCAGCCCGUGCGCCCCGCGCCCCCGUGCGCAAUGGCCAAGGAAGGCGUGGAGAAGGCGGAGGAGACGGAGCAAAUGAUCGAGAAGGAGGCAGGCAAGGAGCCUGCUGAGGGCGGCGGCGGCGGCUCUCACCGCCUCGGGGACGCCCAGGAGAUGCGCGCCGUGGUGCUGGCCGGCUUCGGGGGGCUCAACAAGCUGCGGGUCACCAGAAAGGCCAUGCCCGAGCCGCAGGACGGCGAGCUCAAGAUCCGCGUCAAAGCCUGUGGUUUAAACUUCAUUGACUUGAUGGUGCGACAGGGGAACAUCGACAACCCUCCCAAGACUCCCCUGGUGCCAGGAUUUGAGUGUUCUGGGAUUGUUGAAGCUCUGGGGGACAGCGUGAAAGGAUACGAGAUCGGGGACCGUGUCAUGGCAUUUGUCAAUUACAAUGCCUGGGCAGAGGUGGUCUGCACACCGGUGGAAUUUGUCUACAAGAUCCCAGAUGACAUGAGCUUCUCGGAGGCUGCUGCAUUCCCCAUGAACUUCGUCACAGCCUAUAUGAUGCUCUUCGAAGUUGCCAACCUCCGAGAAGGAAUGUCUGUGCUCGUGCACUCUGCUGGCGGCGGCGUGGGCCAAGCUGUGGCUCAGCUGUGUUCCACUAUCCCCAAUGUGACUGUCUUUGGAACAGCUUCUACUUUCAAGCAUGAAGCAAUCAAAGACUCCAUGACCCACCUCUUUGACAGAAAUGCAGACUAUGUGCAGGAAGUGAAAAGGUAA